ACUAACCAAUGGCGUUCGCAGUUUGACAAUCCGCCCAGACUGCCGCCUCGCUUUGUUCGACUUGUUUCUUUCUGCUAACUCGGCUCGGGAAUCUCUUGGAAGUUGUUUUUUUUUACGUUGCCAAAUGCUGUUGAACUAAACUUGACCUUUAGUCGGCGACUUGUUUUUUUUUAGAGCGAUGUAAGGCGCUUCUCCAUGGAAACCGCUAAUUAGCGGCAGACAGCCACCGCUAGUGCGGCUAACGUUAGCUACAUAGCAGCGCUAGCUCGGUCGUGUUUUUGUUUGUAUUGACCAGAAAAAAGUCGGCAAAAAGGAAGCACUAUUGACUUUUGUCGACAUGACGUCUGCUUCUGCGAAGGUGGGGGAGAUCUUCUCGGCGGCGGGGGCGGCCUUCAGCAAACUGGGCGAGCUGACCAUGCAGUUGCACCCGGUGUCCGACAGCAGCCCCGCAGGGGCCAAAUGGACGGAGACGGAGAUCGAGAUGCUGCGCUUGGCCGUGCGGCGAUUCGGCGACGACCUCAACAGCAUCAGCGGCGUCAUUAAAGAUCGCACCGUCGCUCAGAUCAAGAGCACGGUCAAGAGGAAGUUGUACGAGGACAGCAGGGUGCCGCUCGCCGUGGACUCGCUCAAGAAGAGCGCCAAGAAGGCCGCCGCCCCUGCCCCCGCCCCCGCCGCGCCCGCGUCCACCCCGCAAACCGUCGUGGCGGCGGGAAUGCAGAGCGCCGCCUCCCUGGCGCCGCCCAUCAAGAAGCAGAAGACGGCAGACGUGACGCUGAGCGCGCUCAACGACUCGGACGUCAACAGCGACUUAGUGGACAUGGACGGCCUCGGCAAGAAGCUCAACUUCGACCAAGAAAAUCUCAACCUGGACUCCAGCCUGAUCAUCAACCCCGGAGACCUCCCGCUGCUCUCCCGCUGACCGGCCGGUUGUUGGCCGACGCGGUGCCACGUCGGUGCGCGCGCGGGCUCAAGUCGCCGGCUCGACUCACACCUUGUUUGGAGGAACUUUUGACUUUGGCAAAGGGAGGCCGACGAGAGGCCUUUUGAUGCGGGCGCCACAAUGGUUUCCACAAACGGCGAGUGACGUCCCCGCUCCGAAAGGCGUGUCGGAUGGAAAAAUCAAGUGCUUGUUCCAGCGCUCAACUUUUGGCUGCCAGUCCAUCUCCCAAAAUCAUUUCAGUCUUGAGCUCAUUGAAUCCCAAGAAAAUCCGUCUUUGUUCUUGUAAAGAUGACAACUUUUUUUCUGACAAAUAUAAAUGAAUUUUAUUCUCUUAUUACAAGAAGAAAGAAAAAUA